CGCAUCCGGAAAAUCUCAAAUUAUUGGUGAUGUGAAGGAACUUAACGAUACUUUUAUCGCAUUAGGUUAUAGUGGCUAUAUUGGAGUUAAUAUCGCUGUCGGAAAAAAUAGUUCACAACCUUAUAUCGAUUUAGAAUCUGAGAGUGGCUCAAUAUCAUUGAAUUUGAAUGAUACGUUCGCUGGCGAAUAUGAAAUCUUCUCAAAAUAUGGUCGUGUAAGUGCUAAUAAUGCUGGCAAUAAUUUAGAUUCAUCUUAUUCUGGAAAUACUUUAAAAGGAACAAUGAAGUCCACGAAUUCUUCAAUUCAAUCUAAUGGAAUGAUUAUUGCCAAGUCUAAUAGAGGAAAUGCUAAA